AUGACUGCUUCUGAUAUACCCGGUAAUUCCGCUGAUGUUUUUAUUACACCCCCUGAUGAUAAUCGGGAUAUCACUGAUGUUGAUUCCGGAGACGAAGAUUGCUGUGAUCCAGACAAAUUGUCUGGUAUGCAGCUAAAAGCGGAAACUGAGCUGAUAAUAAGAGAUAACAGAGGUGAAAUGGAAGAUGAUGACUCUUCUCCAAUCGAAUUUUGGGAAGUUUUUAUAUCACAGGAAGUAGUGGAUAUGAUUGUGACUCAAACUAACGAAUACGCGAAGCAGAAAAACGACGAUAAAUUUUGUGUCUCGCAAGAAGAGAUUUAUGUCGUUUUGGGUGUUUUAUAUCUUAGCGGAUAUGUUCCACUUCCGCUUGCCACAGAACGACAAAAUGGGGAAAAUCCGGAAUUUUAUAAAUGUUCUGAAUAG